CCAUAAAGAACUGUCUAUGUAGCGUUGCUUCAUAUAACUGUUUCUUUCUUUUUUUUUUUUCCUCUGUUUUUUUGGUCUCCAAGUCUAUUUAAAUUCACUCGUUACCGUUACAAAAAUAAAAUUAAUCUCUGUGUGAUAAAAUCCAGAUAGAGUUGGAGAGUGCCGCUUUAGUUAUGCGGCUUUCUUAAACUUUCAAAACCUCCGGUAAUGGCGGUAGCAUUCCCUCUAGCUCUUCUUCCUUCAUCACAGCUCUCUCGUUGCCAACGCGUUCGCUUUGUUUCAUUCAGUUUUCCAGCAAUUUCAUCCAUUAAUGGAGUUUCAACAAGAAGACCAGUUCCCAUUAUUUCUGCUAAGGCCGUUCUACUCCACACGAGGGAAGGGCAUGAGACCGUCAACAUUGCUGAAGACGUAACCCAGCUGAUUGGGAGGACACCAAUGAUAUAUCUUAACAAAGUUGUGAAAGGUUGUGUGGCAAAUGUUGCUGCAAAGCUUGAGUCUAUGGAACCCUGUCGGAGUGUCAAGGACAGAAUCGGGUUUAGUAUGAUAUCUUGUGCUGAGGAAAGUGGAACCAUUCGUCCUGGGAAGAGUAUUUUGGUGGAGCCAACUAGUGGAAAUACUGGACUUGGUAUUGCGUUUGUUGCUGCAACUAAGGGUUACAAACUUAUUGUUACUAUGCCUGCAUCCAUAAACGUAGAGAGGCGGGUCCUUCUUCGUGCAUUUGGAGCAGACAUUGUUUUGACGGAUCCAUCAAAAGGACUAAAAGGUGCUGUUGAUAAAGCUGAAGAAAUUGUUCGAAGGACACCAAAUGCAUAUAUGUUUCAACAGUUUGACAAUCCGGCUAAUACAAAGAUACACUUUGAAACAACAGGCCCAGAAAUAUGGGAGGAUACCAUGGGAAGUGUUGACAUAAUUGUUGCAGGAAUUGGAACUGGAGGUACUGUAACAGGAACAGGACGAUACCUAAAGAUGAUGAACAAGGAUAUUAAGGUGGUAGGAGUAGAACCUUCUGAGAGUAGCAUUAUCUCUGGAGAAAAUACAGGUUACAUACCAAGCAUUUUGGAUGUCAAAUUACUUGAUGAGGUUUUAAAGGUUACCAAUGAGGAAGCAAUUGAAAUGGCAAGGAAAUUGGCAUUGGAGGAAGGAUUGCUGGUUGGUAUUUCUUCAGGAGCUGCUGCUGCUGCUGCCAUUACCAUAGCAAAAAGACCUGAGAAUGCUGGAAAACUUAUUUCUGUUGUAUUCCCAAGCUUUGGUGAGAGAUACAUUCCCACGGUUCUUUUUCAUUCCAUCCUAGAGGAAGUUCAGAAAAUGUGACAAAUAACGAGUUAAAUUUGCCCGUCAUUGAUUCUUUAUACCACCACCAUGAAGAGCGACUUGGCAAUGAUUGAUGGACUCAUCAGUGCAAGGGGGUUUGGAAGUGGUUGUGUUUGCCAUUUGUUCACAAGCCCUUCUUGAUUGUACGUGAAUCAAUCUCCCAAUUUUGUCUUUGCAGUUUCUCGUAGUACAGCCAGGGGAGUUGCGUUAUCUGUCGACGCUUUUGGACAGUAGUGUUUAUGUGUCUGUUUUUCUGCCCAUGGAAUCCUUCGUUAGUAGUUAGGACUUAAGGAGAGAUGGCUUUUCUGUAUGGUGUUUUGAUUCUAAUAAUUAUUUUUUUAAUUUAAUUGAUAAAAAUGAUUUUCAGAUGAGGCCCAAAAGUCAAAAAUGCUGAGGUUGUAAAUGUUUUGGCUGUAUGUCCUUGUUGGUUAAAUGUAGCUAUUUGUAAAUCAGUUUCCAACUCA